ACAGCCUUGAUUUUUGCAUCCAUAGCUAUGCUAAAUGGUCCUAUUGUGCUGUCAACUAGGAACAACGAUCGAAUAUCAAGAACGGAGUUUUAUCAACCCGCUGGCAGCGUGAGCCCUGCAACUUCAACAGGGAGAAGUGUCUGGUGAAUUUCAAGAUCAGAAAUUGUAAUAUACGGUGUAAAUAGUAUUCGUAGUGUCGGUAGUUGUUGGUUUUGUAGCAUCCUGUGCUGUGUCCGUUCGGCAAACUUGUAUCGUAUCAUGGCACGAUCAGCUCUACGUCGACUUAUGGCCGAAUACAAGCAACUGACCCGCAAUCCACCUGAAGGAAUUAUCGCAGGACCAAUCAAUGAGGAGAACUUUUUUGAAUGGGAGGCCAUGAUCACAGGACCUGAAGGAACAUGUUUUGAGGGUGGAGUAUUCCCUGCGAAGCUGACCUUUCCUCCGGACUACCCGCUUGCACCGCCCAAGAUGCAGUUUACCUGCGAAAUGUACCAUCCAAAUAUUUACCCUGACGGACGGGUAUGCAUAUCCAUACUACACGCCCCAGGCGAAGAUCCGAUGGGAUACGAGUCAUCUUCGGAACGUUGGAGUCCAGUCCAGUCUGUCGAGAAAAUCUUGCUUUCUGUUGUGUCGAUGUUGGCGGAACCCAACGUCGAAUCAGGAGCGAAUGUCGAUGCUGCGAAAAUGUGGCGCGAGGACCGAGACCAGUUCAACCGGAUUGCGAGUCACUUAGUCCGCAAAUCUCUUGGUUUACCGGAGUCGCUUACUGGGGCCUAAACGUCGAGUUAACAGCCGAAUAUGUACAUUUACGAAUAGAUUCGCAAUCAUACGAAGCCAACAAGUAACUUGUAAAACUUCGCAGGGUAACAUACGAAUAAAGUUGAUUAUUUUAAAAUGUCUAUCUUGAAGCAAAAAGGCAACUUUGUUUUACUAAAAAGUUUUAUUGGCGGAUGUCAUAAACAGGCGUUUAAUGGAAAGUGGUUACAAUCUCUAUGAUGAACAUGACAUUUUUGCGAUCCGUUUCACUUGUCAAAGUGUCAAUGAAUGCCAUCCUAUAAAGGUAAUUUGAUAAGACUGUUGGCAGAUUUAGUUGUAAUGAUUUGUCACAUUAAGAUUAACAAAUCUGUGUAACGUUCUUAAUAGAAAUUGCAAAAACAAUGUGUUUAACUUAACCCUAAUAAUGUAUAAAAAAAAAGAAAUGUGCUCAUUAAUAGUAAUAAUAAUCUGGUGAACUUGAUUUUUACUGCUUAGCACUGUUAAACCUUUCACCUGACCAAUGUUUAGAUCUGCUAGAUCAUAUCCCAAUUCUAUCUGUCACGUAGUUGUAGAUCUACCUACGCAUUAGGUCACCGCACCUUAUACCUGAUUCUCUAGCUAAAUGUUUGCCGAAUACGAAGCUGUCUGUUGCUGCAGAUCCUGGCCAACAUGACAAAGCAGGGACGAGGCUUGUAGAUAAUAGUUCCCCGUAGUAGUGAAGACUCAGAUGAAUAAUCAGUUUUUAAAUGGUUUUAUGAAAUUUUUAUAUUUUUGUUAUAUUUUGAGUCGGCUAUACUGUGCUCUAGUAGCUUAUACAUUAGUCUAAUAUACAGCUGUACAGUUGAUUAGCUGUUUGAUGUAAAAGCCUACUCUUUCCUAUCAGUGUCUUCAAAAGCUCAAUGCUUCAUUUUCGUCUUGUUUCAUUGCUUUGUCACCUCGAUUAGUAAAAUUGGCUAACUGAUGACUGAGAAUAAUCCACACCGUGAGACCAACGGUCACAACUAUUCUUAAUAAAGCCAUUAUUAUUAUAAUGCCCUCCCUUUAACAAAAACUGCACCCACGCUAUUCGUUUUCUCGGUACUCCUGUAUAAGCCCACACAAAAAUAACAAGAUAAAAAAAUUGAACGUUUUUUGAAGUUCCUUCUCUUUUAAACGCAAAGAUUCACUCGACACAUUGUGCCUUAUAAUAAAUAGCUUUCAGUUCCACGCACAACACUUAUAAGUAUUAGACAAUUACAGCACUGCAUAUUAUUCAGUUAUAUUAUAAUAGUUUAAUGGGCUUGUGGUACGAGAGGUUGGUGACUCCUUUUUCCUUCAUCUGUGGAAAUUUCGCUUAAUCAUUACGCAGACCCAAGGAAGAUAAUAGCCCGCUGGCGAUUUAUUUCUGGUUUUUGGUAUCUUUGUUGUGCUGCUCCUUUAACUACGUAACUUCCUUCAAUGAGCAUGUCUGUCUUGCCGUCUUUAUUUAUUCGUAGGUCACGGCUUA